AGAAAGUUAACUUUUUUAUUCCAUCACAAGUUGUACAAGGUUCGAGUGGCCAGUCGCGGGUUGUGUGCCAGUGUGUACACACGCACCAGCCUCCUAAAAGGUUCCUCACGAGUGCACUCACGCCCGGUUCGCGCGUCUAUACGUGAUUUAAUUAACUUAAGGAUUUCCAUAGACACGAAGGUGGCGUGAGGGUGCUACCAAGAUGGCGGCGACCAAAUACUCGCACCCCUUCAUGCAGGGGCUAAAGUCGCUACCCACCGAGUAUGAGGAGGAAAUACAGCAGAUCAGAGAGUGGGUGAAGAGCCAGCCACACCUGCCAUACAUCUCCGACGAGUACAUAGUCCUGUUCCUGCACUCCAACUACUACAAAGUCAAGGAGACCAAGGAAACCAUCGAGUGCUACUUCACGCAUCGGACCAACACGCCCGACCUCUUCAGUAACCGUGAUCCGCUCGCACCGAGGAACCAGCAGAUAUUGGACAUUGCCCACAUGAUCGGCCUCCCGAACAAGACGUCUGAGGGCUACCACGUGCUGCUUUACCGACUGUCGGACUUCGAUUAUAGCAAGCUGAACUUCGCGGACGCCGUCCGGGUGUUCUGCAUGUUCAACGACGUGAAACUCUCAGAGGACCGGCUGUCGGACGGGUACAUCGUCAUCUUCGACAUGAAGGGCUGCAGUCUUGGCCACCUUACCAGGGUCACGUUGCCAGCGUUGCGAGCCUUCAUGGUUUACAUUCAGACCGCGCACCCGUGUCGUCUGAAAAAGAUCCACGUGGUGCACACAGUCUCGUUCAUCAACCAGGUGAUGUGUCUGGUGAAGCCUCUCAUCCACUCCAACCUGCUCAACCUCCUCAACUUCUGCUCCGAAGGCCCCGCUGCCGUCGUGGACAAGGAACUCCUACCAGAAGACUAUGGCGGCCCCCUCCCUCCCGUGAAAGACUUCCACGCCGAACAACGCAAGAACAUGGAGGAAACUUACAGAGACUGGCUCAUCGAAACCGAGAUGUUCAAGGUUGAUGAGAAGAAGAGAAUCAAGAAGCCUAGUAAAGGAUUGUUCGCUAGCUUGACCAGCAGUUUCAAAAGCUUAGACAUCGACUGAUGCUCUGUAUAUUUCUUUAGGGACCUGACCUAUUAAAUCCUUUAUGGCGCU